AAUUAAUUUCCAAAAUUACAAAAAGAAAACAAAAAUGUCUCCGGAAAUUUGACGAUUCCCUCUCUUGGGAUAAAGUUCAAGUUCACUUUUGGCGCAAAACCCCAGAUAUUUUGUUAGCCGCAGCUAGGGACUUGUUCUCCGAUAAUCUCUUCAGUUUCCGGGAAAAAGUCCGAUCAGAAGCAACAGAUCUAAUCAACUCUAAAUUCUGCUGCUUCAGAGGAACUACUGCGUUUAUAUGAAUUUUACAGUGGACUCACAGUAGCGAUUUCGGCUAGAGAGAGAGAGAGAGAGAUGAAGUUCAAGGCGUUUCUGACUGAAAACGGAGUGAAUCUCUUAGAGAAGAGGUUCCUUGCAGCGUUUGACAAAAUGGGCAAGACCUGUUACCUCUUCCUCACCAAACACCACUUGUUCUUCCUCCACAACCUUCUCAACGGCGACGGAGUCCAAUGCAUUGCUCAGUUCCGCAUUGACGUCCUCUUCGACGACUACCGUAUCUCCAGCCAGAACGAGGACCGUAUCGCCUUCUCCCUAGACGUUUCUCUUCUCUACCGAGCUGUCAAGAGCAGUGUCAGCAUUUGCACUGAGUUCAGCGGCGGGUUGGCUUCCAAUAGGCUUCAGAUCAAGCUUGUGAAGAAACUGCCUUCUAACUGUACGCAACCAAUGCCGUUCUUGACGUUUGAGACUAAAGGGUAUAAAUCUGCUGUCAUUCAAGAUGUUCCCAUCUCCAAACCGCUCUCUCGGUCUCAGGUUGUUGAGCUUCAGACGGCUCUUGACUCGGCUCAAGACCUGCCUCCCACUCUCGUUCAGGUCCAGGAUCCGAAUCAGUUACUGAACUUUGUGGACCGUAUGAAACAUGUGGGCGAUGUUCUUAACGUCACGAUAAGCAAGCAUGGUGAUCUUCAGGUGCAGACCUCCACGACAUUGAUAAGGCUUGGCUCUGAGUUCCAGAGGCUUUCGGUUAUUGGAGACAAGUCUCAAGCUCCUGCUGAGGAUAGGAACUUGAGCGCUCAGGCUCGGUCAGAGAGAGCGAUUGCGAGAGGAGAUGCUCAGUCUGUGCAGGUGAGUGUUAAGCACUUCUUAAAGAGCCUUCAGUGUCACUUAACCAAACCAGACUCAGCUUUCUAUGGGAUUGCUCCUCAAGGUGCUUGCUUGACUGUCAUCUUCCAGUUCAUGGUUCCAGGGACUCGCCAAACCGACAAAUCUAUCAGUUUGCAUUGCCGGCUUCCUGUCUUGGAUCCUGGCUCCAACUAAAUCUUAUUGAGUGUUUGUAGUUUGUUUUUAUCAAAAAGACUUUCCGUUAAGACCAUAUAUGUACUACAUUACACUCCCUUACAAGCUCUCAAGCAUCAAUGAUUUUUUUAAAAAAACGAAAAAGAAAAACCAAAA